AUGAGCACCUCCGAGAGUCAGAGGGCCCGAUCCUGGGGCUGCAUCCGUCUUGACCCGCAUUCCGGGCACUCGGCCGACCGGCUGCCCCAGUGCGAAGCCCGCAGGCAGCACACUCAGGCCAGGGGCGUGCCGACGAGCCCGGAGCCCGCCGAGAGGUCCCCGCCGGCCGCGGCCGCCACCCUCCCGGUGCACUACCGCCUCUCCAACGCCCGCCUGGCCUUCUUCCUGCGGGAGACGCGCCCGGCGCCCGGCGGCAACGGCAGCGCCGGCCUGACGCGCGCCGAGCCCUUCGUGGUGUUCCAGACCAAGGAGCUGCCGCUGCUCAACGCGUCGCUGGGCCCGCUGGGCGCGAGCCAGGCGCUGCCCCGGGAGCUGCUGCAGCCCUCGGGCGCGCUGGAGCUGGCCGAGCGCCUGACGGUCAACUGGAAGGUGCGCGCCUCCAUCGUGCGCGCGCGCGUGCCCGCCAGCGAGCCCACGGCGCAGGUGCUCUUCUACGUGGCGGGCCGCGACUGGGACGACUUCGACGCGGGCGAGCGGCUGCCCUGCGUGCGCCUGCACGCCUUCCGCGAGGCCCGCGAGCUGCGCGCCGCCUGCCGCCUGCAGGGCGGCCUGGCCAGCUGCCUCGCGCAGGCCGAGCUGCCCCAGGCCUGGUUCGGGCCCGCGGCCGCGGAGGAUGAGGGCUCCCCCUUCGAGAUCAUGCAGCUGGACUUCGAAAUGGAGAACUUCACCAGCCAGUCGGUGACGCGGCGCAUCAUGUGGCACGUCGAUUACCGCGGCCGCAACCCGCCGCCUGACCUGGAGAAGGCGGUGACGGAGCUGGCGGUGAUCCAGAGGGACAUCCGCGCCAUUCUUCCCCUGGCCAUGGACACGGAGAUCAUCAACACGGCCAUCCUCACUGGCCGGACGGUGGCCAUCCCCGUGAAGGUCCUUGCCGUCGAGACGACGGGCCUCACCUCGGACGUCACGAACACGGUGGCCUGCAAGUCCAGCAACGAGGACAUCAUCAAGGUCUCCAGCAGCUGCGACUACGUCUUCGUGAGCGGCAAGGAGUCCAGGGGCUCCAUGAACGCCGGCGUCGCCUUCAGCUACGAGCAUCUCAGCGCCCUCCUGGAGAUGACGGUCUGGGUGCCCAAGCUCCCGCUGCACAUCGAGCUCUCGGACCCCUGGCUCAGCCAGGUGAAGGGCUGGCGAGUGCCCAUCUUGCCGGACCGGCGGUCGAUACGGGAGAGCGAGGAUGACGAAGAGGAAGAGGAGCGGCGGCAGAGCCGGGGCUGCACCCUGCAGUACCAGCACUCUUCCCUGCAGGUCUUCACGCAGUUCCACACCACCUCCUCCGAGGGCACCGACCAGGUGGUCACCAUGCUCGGCCCCGAAUGGAUGGUCGAGGUCACGGACCUGGUCAGCGACUUCAUGAAGGUCGACGACCCCCGGGUGGCCCACAUGGUGGACAGCAGCACCCUCGCUGGCCGGGAGCCCGGCACCACUGUCUUCAAGGUGGUGUCUCCGCUCGUGGAAGCCGUCCUCGGAGAAGCCCUGGUCACCGUGGCGGACGAGAAGGUCAGCAUCACCGAGCUGAAGGCCCAGCUCAUCUCCAACCUCUCCUUGACGCUUCACCCCAGCCCGGGGAGCAGCCACACCAUCGUGGCCAAGGCGACGGCGCAGCAGACCCUCAACUUCUCCAAGCAGGAGGCGCUGCUGAGCCUCUGGGUGCUGUACAGCGACGGCACCACGGCUCCCCUGUCCCUGUACGACCCCAGGGACUACGCGCUGGUGGUGACGAGCCAGGACACGGCGGUGGUGUCGGUGGUGCCCGGCCGGGCCGUCCCGCUGGUGCGGGCCGAGGGCGAGGGCUUCGGCGAGCUGCUGAAGGUGGAGCUCACCAUCUGCGAGGCCUGCCAGAAGACCAAGCGCAAGAGCGUGCUGGCCACGGCCCUGGCCAGCGUCCGCGUGCACUUCAGCUCCGAGGAGGAGCCCAGCUAUGACUACGAGCCCGUGCAGACGCCCAGCCGGCCCGGGCGGGAGAGGGGCGUCCCGGGCACCACGCCCCGGGCGGAGGGGAGGUGGCGCCCGGUCCCCAGCCCGGAGCGCCGUCCGCCGAGCGCCGUGCUCCCCACGGAGGACUUCCCCACCAUUCCCACGGGCUACGUGCAGGUGCCGCGGGGCCUGACGGACCUGGAGAUCGGCAUGUACGCCCUGCUGGGCGUCUUCUGCCUGGCCAUCCUGGUCUUCCUCAUCAACUGCGUCGUCUUCGUGCUCCGCUACCGGCACAAGCGCAUCCCGCCGGAGGGCCAGACCAGCACGGACCACUCGCACCACUGGGUCUUCCUGGGCAACGGGCAGCCCCUGCGGGCCCGGGGCGACCUCUCGCCGCAGCCCGGGGGCCCCGGCGGGGCGCCGGAGGGCGUGCAGGGCUGCUGCCCCGGGGACCAGCACAGCAGCGGCUCCUCGCAGACCAGCGUGCAGAGCCAGGUGCACGGCCGCGGGGACGGCUCCUCGGGGGGCUCCACCCGCGACCAGAGCGAGGACCCGCUGAACUCCCCCACCUCCAAGCGCAAGCGGGUCAAGUUCACCACCUUCGCCACCAUGCCUUCCGAGGAGCUGGCCUACAACUCGGUCCCCGUGGCCGACGAGGAGGACUUGGAGUGGGUCUGCCAGGACGUGGGGCUGCGGGACCCCGAGGAGCUGCGCGGCUACAUCCACCGGGUCAAGGAGAUCGCGUGA